CAGCGCUCGUGUCCCAAUCUGCGUUCUGGGCAAAUAUAUUCUCAUUAGGUAGUCCUUUAUCUGUGGUUCUUCCGGAGUUGUGCCCGCGGUCCGUGGAAAAAGAGUCAUCGAUUGUCCUCUCCGCCUUUUUAAGCUCCGCAACCGCCUUCUAGAGUAACCUCAAUAAUCUCCGUCGACAGUGCAGCGCAAAGCCCGCUGAUUUCUCGCUAUCUGACUAUCCUCAAUCUGUUUGCGUGCCAGCUUAUCAUGCGAUCAUUCCAGGCUGUCCGUCGUAGGGCGUUAUUACGAAGCUUUGCUGCCCCUUGCGCUUUCCAAACGACUGCAACAAAUCGGUUAUGGAAGAAAUGCUUCAGCGCCACACCAGCCGCUGCGUCCAAAUUAGCUGGUCUUGACCCCUCUAAGCUCACAGUUACGCAGACCACCACGCCCAAGGAAUUGAUGGCCGCGAAGGACCUCGUCUUCGGAAAGACGUUCACCGAUCACAUGCUCUCAAUUGAAUGGACGGCAGCUGACGGCUGGCAUGCCCCCCAGAUCGUUCCGUAUCAGAACCUGAGCCUUGAUCCGUCUGCUUGUGUGUUCCACUAUGCAUUUGAGUGUUUCGAAGGUAUGAAGGCAUACAAAGACAACAAGGGCCAGGUCCGGCUAUUCCGUCCCAACAAGAAUAUGGCGCGCUUGAACAAAUCGUCUUCCAGAAUCGCGUUGCCCACUUUUGACGGUGAGGCUCUGACCAAGUUGAUUGGAGAAUUCGUCAAGUUGGAUAGCAGAUUCAUUCCGGAUGCUCGAGGAUACUCACUUUAUCUACGGCCCACGAUGAUUGGAACCCAAAAGACUCUUGGUGUCGGACCCCCAGGUUCCGCCCUCCUAUUUGUGAUCGCAAGCCCCGUUGGUCCUUACUACCCUACCGGCUUCAAGGCUAUCUCUCUUGAGGCCACAGACUAUGCAGUCCGCGCUUGGCCUGGUGGUGUGGGAGAUAAGAAGCUGGGUGCCAAUUAUGCUCCUUGCGUUCUGCCUCAACUCGAAGCUGCCUCCAGAGGUUUCCAGCAGAAUCUGUGGCUUUUUGGAGAAGAAGAAUACAUCACUGAAGUUGGUACGAUGAACCUCUUUGUCGCAAUGAAGAACAAGGAAACCGGUCAGAAGGAGUUGGUGACCGCACCACUCGAUGGAACAAUACUUGAGGGCGUCACCAGAGAUUCGGUGUUGGCCCUGGCAAGAGAAAGACUGGUGCCACAGGGGUGGGCAGUCGCGGAGCGCAAGGUCAGGAUGGCCGAGCUUGCUGAAGCAGCUCAAGAGGGAAGACUGAUUGAGGUCUUUGGAGCCGGAACCGCAGCUAUCGUGAGCCCUGUACGAAAGAUCAGCUACAGGGACCAGUUAGUCGACUGUGGUCUGAAAGAAGAUGAAGAGGCAGGUGAGAUUGCUUUGCAGAUGAAGAACUGGAUUGAGAGUAUACAAUAUGGUGACGAGGAGCAUCCUUGGAGCUACAUCCUAUAGAGCAAGGUCCAAAAGCUCGGAGCUGGUCUGUUCUCUACUAUUGUUGCAUGUGUGUGCUAUGCUUCGUUUGUCUUAGAUAGCCGGUUCAUACGUAUGGUUUAGCUUUGAGGGACUUCUGUAUGGUUAUUGAUGAACAUAACCCUAAGAAUAGCAUCAUAGUCCUGGUCAAACCGUGACCAAUGCCUGAG